AUGCCAAUCAGUACCUAUCUACAAUCUCGUCUAGUAGUUGUUGAGACUAGCUUCCUUAAACUGAAUAUGUUUCAAACUGGUAUUCAAGAUGAAUCUAUUAUACGAAAUGAACGUCGAUCAACUAGACUAUUUUUAGUUCUUCUCAGUAUUUCAGUAUUCAUUAUCGGAUUCUAUUACUCACUCAUACAACAUAGACAAACCAUUCAAAUUCGAUCCCCAUCAAUUAUCGAAUAUUAUAAUUUACCAAAAGAAGUACCAUUACAAUGUCCUUGCACGAAUGCAGCAGUAAAAUAUGAAGAAUUUGUUCAUAUGGAACCUUUUUAUCAUCAAUUAUGUCGAAGUCAUUUUGUUUCUGAUCAAUUUAUUGAUCGACUCUACAGUCUCUACGAAAAAAAUUUGAAUACAUCGAUUCCAACUGACGUUCAUCGAAUAGCUGUAUUUCAAUUUCAAACACUUCGUACACUUUGUGAAUUAGCACAAAAAACAAUUAACGAUAAUCUUAAAACAUUUUUACAAAAUGGAUUUGUUCAAACACACGUCAUUGCUGAAGAAACACUUGAAACUCAAAUUACAUCAUUGAGAACAGAUUUUAUUAAUGUCACAUCAAAAACAUUUUUGAGAACAUUAAAGUUUAUUCAGAAUGUUACAGCACAAAGUUUAUUUAUGACUGGUGCUUCAGUAACUAGUGUUAGACCCCGAACGCAGUCUCGAAUGGGGUUUUUUGAGAAUCUUCCAUAUCCUGGAAUCAGUUAUACAUUUAAAGAUGGAUCUUCUUGCACAUGUUCAAGUUCAACUGCUAAUAACUGCAUGGGUUUGGCAACAUUGAAUAAUAAUGCUGUUUCUGGUUUUCAAACAGGUUGUUAUAUGUUAAGUGCACUUCUUCAUUCUACACUUGAAAUCUGCUACAAUGAAACAUUUGUCAACACUUUAACUAACUCUUUGAAUGAAUAUCAAAAACUCGAUGGUUCAGAUUCAUAUCCCACAGUUGAAGCAUUACUUAGUCAAAUGUUCAUUACUCAUUGGUCACAUAACACAUCUUUUGAGAGUUAUUUUAAGCAUUGUGCACCGAAUCUAUGCCAAUAUACACUAACUUCUCAACACAGUUUCUUGGUUAUUAUCAUAACAUUGAUCGGCUUUUUCGGUGGAUUAUCAUCAGUGUUAAAAAUCAUCGCACCUUUGAUAAUUACAGGCCUUUGGCCAAUUGUUUGGAAGUUUAUUACUAGACGACGACGAACGACAGUUAUACAAACCUCAGAAACAAACGUCAGUACAGUACUCUCCUUUGGCCAACGUCUAAAACGAUUCUUUGGAUUAAUUAAAAAAAAAUUGAUUGAUUUGAAUUUAUUUAAACGUGUCCCCCCAACGCAAGAUGAAAAUAUUCUUCGGCGAGAAUGUUACACUACACGGCUUUAUAUAAUUCUGUUAAUUAUAUCAUUUAUUAUUUUCACUAUUUUUACAUCUAUUGAACCACAAACAAUUCAUGUUACUUCUGAAACACUAUCACCAGAACAGUUUAAUCAACUUUAUCAGAAAUAUCCACAAAUACUUGAUUGUCCUUGUACUCAAACAACAAUUGACUAUCGAUUCAUUUGUAGCAUCAAACCACAAUAUCAUGAAGUAUGUUCAAGUAAAUUUGUCUUUCCCAAAUGGAUCAAUAUUGAAUUUGUUAACUCUUCGAUGCCAAAUUUAUCAACAGAGGAUUUUCGUUAUCAAUCUCAAUUUCAUUUUCAACUUUUAUCAACAUUAUGUCAAAUGGCUGAUGAAAUAGUUCAAGAUUCUCUACAAUCAUUCAAUCGAACUAAAUUUGUCACAAAUAAACUAAUAAAUAAUGAAUCAUUUAAAACGCAAAUCGAUUCAAUCGUGGAAGAUUUCAAGAAAAGUCUACCUCCAUUAUUUCAACGUGUAGUCCAAUUGAUAGAAACAAACUUUGAGAUUAAUCAAUUCAUUACACCAAUGAAUUCUGAAUUUGAUUGUGAUAAAGACGAUGACGAAGAAUCAAACACAUAUAUUCAUUUGAAGCCUUUUGCUUAUAAACUGAUAGGACAGCCGCUGUAUUUUGGGCACUUUAACUCAACCCAAAACUACACGUCAUUUUCCUCUACUGUUUUUGAAUUUUACCGACAGACGAUGAUAAAAGAAAAUGAAAUUAAGAACAUCAUUCCCGGAAUGGCACAAUCAUGGUUUCCUUUCCAAGCACUUUUGGUGUCAACAUUAGAAUGUUUUUAUAAUGAAACAUGUCUUUCUAACAUCACAAAAUAUAUUAACUCAACCCAAUUACCAAUUAACAUUACUACACUGAAAUUAUCAUCAUCAUUGAAUCAUAGUCAAUAUGAUCGAAUUGAAACAUUGGCUAAUGAUCUUUUUAUUCGAUCAUGGGAUAAUAAAAGUUCCUAUCAAUCAUAUUUUGAACAAUGUUAUCCAUUAACAUGCGAAUACAGUUAUAAAAGUCGAUUGAAUUUUAUUUAUAUUACAACAAAAAUUAUUGGCUUUAUGGGUGGUGUUAAUGUUGCUCUAUGUCUGUUAUUGCCAUUUAUUGUUAAAUUGUUGAUUAAACUUUGGAAUUCUAUUCUUCAGCGUCAACGAAAUAACUCCAGUACAGUAAGAUCAUUAAUAUCUACACGAACCCGAUUUUGGAAUUAUCUUCAAUCUCUUUGGAUAUCUAGUAAAAAAAAGAUUGAAGAAUUAAAUCUCUAUCCAAUUAUCCCACCAUCAACAGAUUCACAAAUUAUUCGUCGACGUCGACACAUGACUCGAAUCUAUUUAAUAUUAUUAAUUACAGCCUUCUUCAUUCUUAUUAUUUAUACAUCAUUGAACCAAGAAACAGUGACAGACUCAGUUCCAUAUCCAUCAUUAUCAAAAUACGAAGAAUUACUCGUUCAAUAUCCCAUAACAUUACAAUGUCCUUGUAAUCGUAUUACAAUCAAAUUCAAGGAGUUUAUCUCUCAAAUUGAACCUCAAUAUCAUGAGAUUUGUUCGAGUGUCUUCGUUUCACAAGAAUGGUUCGAUAGCAUGCCUGCUGACUCUCAAGAGCUACCAGAUGCAACGAUGAAAGAUGAUUUUCGUCACACACUUCGAAUGCAAUUUCAAACUUUGUUAACACUUUGUAGAGUCUCUCAAAACACAUUAAAUGCAUCGUUGUCAAUAUUCAAAGAGACUGAUUUGAUUACAACAUAUGCUAUUUCUCGUGCUGACUUCGACAAUCGAACAAAAACAGCAAUAGAACAGUUCAAAAGUACAACAUCCACUCAAUUUAUAGAAACAUUCAAGUUAAUUCAAGCAAUAAACCAUGCAAAUCAACUUGCCACGUUGUUUUACUCAAACUGGGUGUUCUUUCGAAAAUAUCCAGAUAAAUAUGCAGGUCCAUUUCUUAAAGAUGAACUAAUAAAUGUACUAACUCGACCAGAAAAGUAUGGAAUACAUAAUUGUUCAUGUGGAAUACAAUCAAAUUGUUCAAAACUAUCCGAAUUUCGAUUUGCGUUAGCAGAUAAACCUCUUCCGGGAUUUCUUCGUGGGUGUAUGAUGUUCGACUCUUUGUUGCAAUCGACGUUGACUUGUCUCUAUAAUAAGACAUGUCUUGGUUUUAUGCGAGCAUCUAUAUUGGAUUUUAAACCACUACCAGUUAAAGUUCUCUCAUAUUCUUCAUUAGCAAUGUCCAAUGCAACGAUUGAAACACUUCUUAAUCAAAUGUUUGUUUCUCAAUGGUUUGAGAAUACAUCAUUCGAGCGUUAUUUCAAUCAAUGUGCACCUCAAUCAUGUGAAUAUUCUUAUGUAUUAGAAUAUAAUUCGCUGUAUGUUAUAACAACAUUAAUUGCUCUCUUUGGUGGCUUGACAAAUGGACUACAUUUUCUUGUGAAAUUUCUAGCAAUUAUCGUAUACAAAAUCGUUGAUUGGCGAAAGAAGAAACGUCAAGUAGCGGCAAAUUUAACAUCAUCGGAUAUCAUUAUGAAUAAUGAAAAUAAUGAAGAGAUGAGUGACGCAGUUUCAAUUCCAAUAACGACGACAACAGUUCAGGUUAACAUUACUUCUGCCGAAGAACAGCGGCAUUCAGAAAAAAUGCGUCGAGAUCGAAGAAUGCUAAUUGGUUUAAUUCUGUUAAGUAUAGUUGCAAUAGAAAUAGUGUCAGUUAUUUUGUUUAUGACUCGAAAUAAAGAGCAGCAAAUGAUCUCAACAACCAUACAAACAAUUACAAAAACCAGUAGCAACUUCAUAUCAGAACCGACAUCAACAAAUAUUUGCCAUAUGACUUUGAAAUAUCAAUCUCAAACUUAUCCAACUGGUCCUAAUCCUGCAUCAUUCGUGACUAGUGAUUUUAAUCAUGAUGGCAUUGACGAUUUAGCUGUGACUAAUCCUGAGUCAGAUACAAUAAGUGUGUUAUUGGGAAAUAAUGAUGGAAAAUUUCAAACACGACAAAACUUUUCAACAGGAAAUGGAUCUCGUCCAAGACAAAUAGCAAUUGGUGAUUUUGAUAAUGAUACAUUCUUAGAUUUAGUUAUUUAUUUAGCUGCAACAAAUAAAAUAGUUAUUUUCUAUGGUUCUGGAUCAAACAAUCUAUUUAUUCCAUCAACUGACAUUUUUUUAUAUGGCCCAGAUUCCUUGAAAAUAGAUACGAUUGCAGUUGUUGAUAUCAAUAGUGAUGGUUUUGUUGAUAUAGUUGCUAGUUCUUAUAUUGAUGAAGGUUCUCGAUUCGAAAUUACUAGCGAUGUAAAUAUGGGCAACAGAUAUCACUUUAUAUUCAGACGAUGUUCGUGUGAGUUCAUCACGGGUACAGUCAUCUCAGUAGUCGUCGCGGAAUUGGAUAAUGAUGCAAGACGAAAUGAUAUGGCCUGGCUCAUCAGUGAUGGUCUCGUGUUAACUCGCAGUGCAUAUGAGGUCCGAGGUUACCUCGAACUCAAAGUUUUAGCAGAUGACAAAUUGUAUAAAGAUCCAUCGACUGUAGUUACAGGAAGAUUCAAUGACGAUGAAUUCGUCGAUUUGGCGUUGAUUUCUUCUCAAUCGGACACAUUACAAGUUUUACUUCGCUUUGAAGAUAAAAAGUUGUCGAAAUGGAAGAGUAUUCCGAUGAUUUAUUCCACAAAUCAUAAUCCGACAUCUAUUGCUCGAAUUAAUUUCAAUAAUGAUACAAUCGAUGAUUUAGCUAUAUUAAAUUGCAAUGGUACUGUAACAAUAUUUAUUGGCUCAAAUGAUGGACUUUUUGAACGAAAAGAUUUAUCUUUUGGAACUCAUGCAGGUUGCACUGAUAAAUGUUGUCAAUCAUUAAAAGUAGUUAAUUUGAAUCGAGAUGGAAGAGAUGAUCUAGUGUUUAUUGAUACAGGAAUGAAUAGCAUUCAGGUGGCUUUGAGUUUACCUUGCAAUGAAUAG